GUAACCGGUUAACAAGAGGACUUCCUGUCAAAUUGAAACACGCACACAUAUGCCAACCAGCGCUUUUUCUGAAGUCAGCGAGCUUGCCCUCAACGCCCAUCCGAUAUGGGAAACAACUAUAUCUUCUCCCUCACCCCGACUUUUACUCAGGGCCUCGUGCUAGGUCAACUUUCAAUCUUGGUUCUCCUCGCACUUGUCCUCAAAUAUCUGUUUUUCGUCUCCCCCGAAAGUGAAAAGGAAACCGGCCCAUUCCAUCCUCUGUCAAAUUCAAACCCUUCGUGGCAUCAGGACGCGGAGGAGGACGACACAGAAAAUGCUCAAGAGAACGAGUCAGCGCAUUGGUUCAAUAUACUUGCAAGGCAGGUCGUAGAUGUGUACAGAGCUAAGCUUCAGAACAACCUGACAGGAUAUGAGGGCAUCGAGGUCGCUCGCAGGACAAUUGAGGACCAUGCGAAUGAGAUGCGUCCCCGCGGUUUUCUUGACCAUAUCACGGUACAUUCCGUGGACCUAGGAAUGUCCGCACCCAAAUUGUCCAAUGCACGGGUCGUGAAUGACAACAGGGACUCCUCUCUAACGACGAUUGAAUUUGACAUGUCAUAUACGGACACCAUUUCCGUCUCACUGUCUACGUCCUAUUUGUUCAACUACCCGAUGUCUUCGUUUGCUCGGCUGCCUGUAUCACUCACGAUAUCUUUAUCUCUCUUCGAGUCAAAAGUUACCCUGGUUCCACCAUCCCCUGCAUCAGCAGCCCCUGUUUUGACCAUAUCGUUGCCGCAAGACUUUACUCUUAACCUUAAGACAACAUCACUCAUGGGCAGUCGAGCGAUGCUCAGGGAUGUGCCCAAACUUCAUGAGUUGAUUGAGUAUCAGGUCAGGAAAGUGCUAGCCCUCCGAGGAACAUGGAAAGUCGUCCUGCCUGGUGUAGGAAGCUUAGCUACUGCUCAACAUGAAGUGGAAAAGGAACAGGCUGCUUGCAAUAAGCAGGACUGAUGGCGCAGGGAAUAUUUCUUCAUGCUACUCUACAACGCAUAAUCAUUUCACUCGUACGUGCGUCAUAGAUCGCCGUCAAUUGUACUUAUACCAGCAACCCACUUAAUUACCGAGAUAAACUCAACGCUGUGCUAGGCUCAGUCGAUCCCAAGGUUCACUGAGUGAAGUCUUCGCAGUUCAGGACACAA